AUGGGCGCUACAAUCAAAAUGUGUGGGAAAUGCCGGAGGCACGGAGUUCUCCAGGCCUACAAACAUCAUCUAAACUGUCCGUUCGUCGACUGCGGAUGUGAUAAGGUGAGAUUUUUUUUUCAUUUUUAAACGUGAAGUUAAGUUUCCUUCCGAAGCAUUUAGCCAUCACCUUGUUUUAUAUAGAAUUAAGUUUAAUUUUGAUGCCUUUAGUGCUUCCAAGUCGAUGAAUAUCGUCUGAAGAUGCGAAAGGUGGUUGCACAAACCAAAAAGAGAAAGACUGAAGGCGCUGGCUCAAAGCCUGUCACUCCGAACAUUGCUGAAGCCCCUUACAAAACUUUGCUAGAUCUUCUACCGCCUUCAACUUCUCGCGACAGCUUAAACCAACCCACAACCACAGCCAAUUUGUUGCAGUUUGAGGCUGUGCACUCACUCAACCCCUCUCCAUCAAGCUCUGUUUUCUCGGACUAUUCGAUUUCCAGCGAACUCUCAGUUCCUAAGAAACCCAGAAUGAAUGUGCCUCUCAGCCUUGGAGACACCGUGAAUAUUCAGGGGCUAGACAUUGUACUAAUCAAUCCGAUACCGAUUGAUCUGUUAUAUCCAGGCUGUAGUAUGUUUAAUUUUCCUCAUCCAGCGUUGUACCUGGUCGCCUAG